UUGCAACAUAAAUACCUUCCACAUCAUCACGCAGGGCUUAAUUUAGAACAAACAUGGAGCAUGGACACAGAAGCCACUAAACUUUAAGCUCUGGGACAACAAAAUCCACAACUUAAACCUAUUGCAAAAAAUUGACUGAAGGACCCAGUGUAGCUGUCUCUGGUCGUUUGAAAAAGCACCUUAUAACACGACAUCUGAAGGCACAAUGUCUGACUACAGUCAAAACUCUGACCAAGAGUCCUAUAGCGAGGACAUUGACGAAGAUGAGAUCCUCGCAAACCUGUCACCUGAAGAACUGAAGCAGCUUCAGAGUGAAAUGGACAAUCUUGCCCCAGAUGAGGAGGUGCCAGUUGGAAUGAGACAGAAAGACCAGACAGAGAAGCCUCCAACAGGAUCAUUCGAUCACAGGUCUUUGGUUAAUUAUAUCUAUUGGGAGAAGGAAUCCAAGCGAAUGCUGGAGGAAGAAAGACUUCCCACAGUUCUUUUACCUAGUGAGCGAGAUACAAGAAAAGACUUUGACAAAGAUGAAGAUCUGAAAGAAGAAGUAGGAGGAGAGGAAGGAGAGAAAGAAAUAGAAGAAGAAAAGGAAGAUGAGAAAGAAAGAGAACUUCAAGAGGUCCAAGCCUUGCCAAAAUGCUCUGAAGAAACAGGAGAAAUUUCUCUCAGCAUUUCUGAUAAAAAACAAGAGGAAGAUACAAACAGAGUGGACGAGGCUACCAAAGAACCAGAACCAGAGAAUGAAAAGCAAAGGCAAAAUUCAGAUGAGAAACGCAAGGCAGAGACAUCUUACAGAGAACAAGUCAUAGACAACUGCAACUCAGAGACCCCUGUCAGGGACACACGAGUACAUGAAACCAAUACUGCAGAGACAAAUGAGCUUGUAGAAAACCAGGAAAAAGAAGAGAAGAAAAUAUCCAAACUCCAAAAACCAAAGAAACUAACUUUAGGUGAUAGCUUAAUCAAGUUAACAGCAAGGCCUUCAGGAAACGAAACCAAUUUAGAUACAACCUUGAACAAGAUUAAACAGAACAAUCCUGAAAUCAAAGAAAUUAAUUUGAAUAACAUUGAAAACAUUCCUAAGGAAAUGCUGAUAGAUUAUGUGAACGCCUUGAAGAAGAACAAGCAUGUGACAAAAUUCAGCAUUACCAACACUGGAGCAGAUGAAAAUGUGGCGUAUGCCUUGGCCAGCAUGCUCCGUGAAAAUAGAAGCAUCACCACUCUGAAUAUCGAGUCGAACUUCAUCACAGGUAAGGGAAUUAUAGCUAUCAUGAGGUGUCUGCAGUUUAACGAGACGCUCACUGAAUUGAGGUUCCACAAUCAAAGACACAUGCUGGGUCAUCAUGCUGAAAUGGAGGUAUCCAGACUCCUAAAGGCAAACAACACUUUGUUGAAGAUGGGAUAUCAUUUUGAGCUUCCUGGUCCAAGGAUGGUGGUCACUAACUUACUGACCAGGAACCUUGACAAGCAGCGACAAAAAAGAAUGGAAGAACAAAAGCAGCAACAAGCCAAAGACCAGGAGCAGAUGAUGGCUAGGUUUAAGAACAGUCUAAAUCUUCCUCCAGGUCUGUGGGAGAUGUUGGGUGACUACCUGCCUGCAAUGCCGAAUACGCAGCCUUACCCACCGCAAGCACCAAGUCCUCCGCUCCAGCUCAAGAAAAAACCUGUUCCGUUCCCUCCGAUACAGGAGAAUGAGCAGCCAAAUCUGCUGAAGGAUAUUAAACUCAAGAAGGCACCAAAGAACAGGGCUGCAGACAGUACAUUAGAGCAGAAGGAGAAAGCUAACCUCAAAGACGUGAUUAAGACUCUAAAGCCAGUUCCCAGAAGGCGACAGGCACCCAAGGUUGACUUGACGCCCAGGGAGGUUCUACUUAAUGAAAUUCGCACAAGCAAUGUUGCUUAUCUCAAAGCAGUGAGUAUUACCAACAAUGUACAAAUUGCCACAGAAAUGAAUGACUUAUAAUCAACCACACCAUAGCACUAAGGUUUCUAUGUAUGAAAGGUGACCCAACAAAAUUCUACUCUCUGUAUCUUAUGGCUAUUCAAAAUUGUUUACCUGUAUUUGUAGAAACCUUCUAUCUAAAGACAUUAAGGUAGGUCAUGGUAACUGAAUUUAUUGGCUGAGCUAUUAAAGGCUUUUUUCAUGGAAACCCAAGUGUCACCCAAUUUUAUCAAACUGUGCAUAGACAUUUGUUACAGAAUGUUAUCAAAACUUCUUGUUAAUGAUUCAGACACCUGCAUGAUUUUGUUUAUAUAUUUGUUCAAGUUAUUGGCUGAGUGGCAAUAUUAAUGUUCACUGAUUUAAAAAAAGAAAACUCUUUGUUGCAUAUAGUACUACACAUUUUGAACUGCUAUCCUGUUAACGUCAUACCCCUAGUGCCUGGUGCAUGCAUGCAAGGAGUAAGUCACUCAAUGUAUCCAACAAAGAGUCAGCAAUCUUCAUUGUUGUAUAGCAGCAUGUUUAAUGCACCUGUUUAUUGUGUAGUUGUCACACAGUAUUGUAUCUGCUGAUGGUAAUCUCAAACAUACUGUUUCUAAUUUAACAUGUUUUGCAUAGUUGUUAAUAUUUUAGUUCCUGUUACAUUUGUAAAAUACAUGUCCUCAAGCCUGUCUUAAGUAUGAGGUAAUUAUCAAGCAUCUGUGAUAGUAAAGAACUAAAGAGAUUCUCCGACCUGGUAAUGCUUUUAACACUUCUGGUAAGUGCAUGCACUUGGCUGCAGUAAAUAUUUGUACAUGACACAGUAGUUAGUGUUUACCAUUUAACAAUAUUUGCAACCCAUAAAAUUACAUCAUUACAUUUUUAGUUGGUUUGUUGAAGACUUUGCAAUUAUGGCUUUACAAUCAAACAAAUGUAGCAUGCUGUUUUAAAUGCCCAUAUAACUAUCAAAUAUAUCUAUACUAACACAAUAACACUGCACUUGUGUUGCAUGACUCUACAUGUAUAUUCUGUUGAUACUGAAUGAGUACCCUGUACUGCUUCCUGCAUUUACACGUUAAUAGUCACUUCAU